AUGACUAUGGGAGAUGAUGAAACUGUGGAUGAUUUUCAUGGUAGAAUUCUUAAAAUUUCCGGUCAGUGUCGUAGUCUGGGAGCACCUAUUGAUGAAGAUAAGAUUGUCAAAAAGAUACUAAGAGCCUUGCCAGAAAUGUUUCAUUCAAAGGUCACUAGUAUAGAGGACUCCUUUGAUAUUGAUGAGUAUCCACUCGAUGAGCACAUCAGAAAUCUCAAAACCUAUGAGAUGAGGUUAAAGCCUGAGAAGAAAUCUAAGGGUGUAGCUUUCAAGGCAGUGAAAGAAGUAGAAGAAGAAGAAGAAGAAACACUUGACCUUACUCUCUUAACAAAGAAAUUCAAAAAAUUUCUCAAAAGCAAAAACUCUAUGAGGAAUCCCAAUGCCUCCCGGAAGAACUUUCACAGUAGCAGUAAUGGAAAUAGUGAUUACAAUGGGAAAAAUGGAAAAGGUAGCUUCAAAGGAACUCAUUCAGGAAAAACCAAGUGUUAUGAAUGUGGGGGUUAUGGCCAUAUUUCCACUGACUGUGGGAAUAGAAAACAUGGGAACAAUGAUGAAACUACAAUCCGCUGUAAACAACUCUACAAGGUAUCAAAAGCCACAUUGAUCAAGAACACGGAACUGGAAAGAGAAGUUGAGAUGUUAAAGGCUGAAAAAGGAGAGAUGCAUCGCCUGUUAAAGGAAUCUCAAACCCUGUUGGAUCAAGAAAGGAAUAGAUUCACUGAUGAAUCAACAAAUGUGUCAAAUGAGGAAGAAGUAUCAGCAUGGAAGAGUGAGCAUCUGGAACUAAAUAACCAAAUCAAAGUGCUGGAACUUGAGGAUGAACUAAAGAUCACCCAAGAAAAAUUUACCAAGUUUGACAUCAGCUCAGGAGCUGUAUCCAAACUGUUUGGAUCAGGAAAAGCUCCACAUGACACUUCUGGACUUGGCUACUAUGGUGAAAGUUCCAAAGGUACAAAAAUUUUUUAA